AGGUGUCAUCCCGUAUCUGUGAAUGCAACUGUGAUGCUUCAAAAACGCGGAAGCGAUCCCGCUCUGGUGUCUUGUCGGAGACAUCUCUGGCCAAUCCGAGCCCGAACCACACCGUGAAUGCAGCUGGUGAGGGUUGGGGGAGCAGCUUAGUCAGAAACACCAGUGACCGCUAGCUACAUGUCAGCCGCACAGACAUCACCGAAGUAGCAGCAGCGGAGAGCUUUCGGAGGGAAGAAGGAGAGGGAGAGACCGAGGGAGAGCGAGGGGGCAGUCCGAAGGGUAAAGGGACGUUAUUUCCUCACGUUUGAACCGAGUAAACAGUCGCGCCGAUUCGGUUUCAUAUGUUUUAAGGACCUCGAAGAACAUAAGCUGGAAGGUUAGCUAGCUGCCGCCAUCUCUUCUCAGUCGGAGCGACCGCCGUGUCUUCCACACCAUGGGGAACGCUGCCACCGCCAAGAAGGGCAACGAGCUAGAGAGCGUGAAAGAGUUUCUAGCCAAAGCCAAAGAGGAUUUCUUACGGAAAUGGGAAUGCCCACCACAGAGCACAACGUGCCUAGAUGACUUUGACAGAUUAAAGACCCUGGGUACCGGCUCAUUUGGGAGAGUCAUGCUGGUGAAACACAAAGGAACAGAGCAAUACUUUGCCAUGAAAAUACUGGACAAGCAGAAGGUGGUGAAACUCAAGCAAAUAGAACACACAUUAAAUGAGAAGAGGAUAUUACAGGCAGUGAGCUUUCCCUUUCUCGUCAAACUUGAGUACUCAUUUAAGGACAACUCCAAUUUGUACAUGGUAAUGGAAUAUGUUCCAGGAGGAGAGAUGUUCUCACACCUAAGACGAAUUGGAAGGUUCAGUGAACCACAUGCGCGGUUUUAUGCGGCCCAGAUAGUGCUGACAUUUGAAUACCUCCACUCACUAGAUCUCAUAUACAGAGAUCUAAAACCUGAGAAUCUUCUCAUUGACCACCACGGCUACAUUCAGGUGACAGACUUUGGAUUUGCCAAGCGGGUAAAAGGCAGGACCUGGACAUUGUGUGGGACACCGGAGUACCUGGCGCCUGAAAUCAUUCUCAGCAAAGGCUAUAACAAAGCAGUGGACUGGUGGGCCCUUGGAGUCCUCAUCUAUGAAAUGGCAGCUGGCUACCCUCCUUUCUUUGCAGAUCAACCUAUUCAGAUCUAUGAGAAGAUUGUGUCUGGAAAGGUACGAUUCCCGUCACACUUCAGCUCCGAUUUGAAGGACUUGUUGAGAAACCUGCUGCAGGUGGAUCUGACUAAACGUUACGGCAACCUGAAGAAUGGAGUCAAUGACAUUAAGGGCCACAAAUGGUUCGCCACAACAGACUGGAUCGCAAUCUAUGAGAGAAAGGUUGAAGCUCCAUUCAUACCAAAAUGCAGAGGCCCAGGGGACACCAGCAACUUUGAUGACUACGAGGAGGAGGAAAUCCGUGUUUCUUUAACGGAAAAAUGCGCCAAGGAGUUUGCAGAGUUUUAGGACGCGAGUACAUGGAUAUAUCAGGGAAAAUAAGGGGAUCUUUGCACUCUUCUAAAGACUUGGGAUGGGGAGAGACCAUCUUUUUCAGAUCUACGACAUAGUCCCUUCAUUCCACAAGGCUGAAUGAGGUCGCCAUGAUCCUUGGGUGCCGCUCACUGUCACAUACACCUGCGUAUUAAAGCAGACACAUCACUUUUCUCUUUUCUUUGUUUUUGUACCUACCCACAGUUUUGUUUUUUUGUUUUUUUACUUUGAAGCAGUUAGUCUUGGAUGUUGUUAUCCCCCAUUCAAAUGUGACAUUUUUGACUUAUGAGGAAAAACUGAGACAGUGGCCAACAAUAGUCCACACACUGUAACUGACUUGUCUGUGGUUGUUUGACACACAGUGAAGUGGGUUGCAGCGUAUUGCCCUGUAGUCGUCAGCAGUGUAUAUUUGAAGUCCACAUCGCAUUGGCUAUUGUAAAGUUCUGGCCAGCAUACAAAGGUAGAUUUUGUCUUAUGUGCAUAUCUGUCAGUUUUUGUAAGACGUUUGAACACAAAGAGUGUUUAAAGCAUGACCAAAUAGAGAACAUUGGGUGACACAAGAAGAGAGGUCCCUUCCUUUCUUUGCUUUUUGCCUUAGAGAGCCGAUUCCUCAGAUCCAUACAAAAGCAUCCAUUCACUGUCCUCUUGGGUAUUCAGGCCCAGGCACAGCAAGCCAUUGCAGUAAAAUGACAAACUUUGUUACGUUAGUAAAAUGCAAAUUCAUUUGUUUGUUUGAUCUUUUUGGAUCUGUUAGUUACAUGUAAAAUUUGUCAUUUGCUAUCUUGCUACUUUUUGUCGCUGUGUCUAACAUUAUAGUCAUAUUGUCCCUAGAUUUCAGGUCUUCUUAUAAAGACCUUUUGUUACAAGUCUGUGGAACAAUGUGACUUCAGUAAAUGGAAAAGAGUGAAAUCCAGUGAGGAUUUUUAUUGCAUAUAAUGUAAAACUGAGAGGAGGAUCAGUGUGAAUAGUGUUGAGGCUUUUUGCCACAGCAUUGUUAGUAAAAGUACAGAAUUUAUAAUGUAUUAAAUGAAAGAUGUUCUAAAAAUCAUGAGAAACAGGCAAUGAAAACUGCAUAUUUACCAUAAUCUCCCUGUUACCACCCCCGAAAGAUUUCUUUGUUUCAUUCUUGUCAAAGAAUGUAGAUUUGCAACUUAUAGGUAUGCAUAUUUGAAAGCUUGAUUUCAAAGUACAGUUUUCCUCACAAUACACUGGCUAAAAUAAAGACUGCUCCUUUGUAUCACAUGUAACCCUGUUAUUGUUAAGCUCAUUACAUUAUACGUAUAUGCAUUGUUUCAUAUAUGUUUUUAUUUAUACACAUUAGAGAUGCUAAUAAAUUUUAUUUUUAAAAGUG